UUUUCCCAGCGAAAGUGCAAGAUCUCAGCCUCACGCAAGCUGAUGCUGAAGAGCCUGAUGGUGGCGAAGGCGAAGGAGGAGCUGGAGCAGGAGUGUGUGGAGACGCAGGAGGAGAAGCAGAGAUACCUGGAGGAGAAAGCCCCUCCCCUCUGCACCAGCAGCAUGUCAUUCGCCGAGCUCCAGGAGUUGUGCCGUGAGCUUCACGCCAAGAUCGACGUGGUGGACGAGGAGCGCUACGACAUCGAGGCGAAAGUGCAGCACAACACCAGAGAGAUCAAGGACCUGAACAUCAAAGUUCUGGACCUGCGGGGGAAGUUCAAGCGGCCCAACCUGCGGAGGGUGAGGGUGUCGGCCGACGCCAUCCUGCGCUCGCUCCUGGGCUCCAAGCACAAGGUGUCCAUGGACCUGCGCGCCAACCUCAAGUCCGUCAAGAAGGAGGACACGGAGAAGGAGAGGCCUGUGGAGGUCAGUGAUUGGAGGAAGAACGUGGAGGCCAUGUCUGGCAUGGAGGGCAGGAAGAAGAUGUUUGACGCUGCCAAGGGCCCCACGCAGUGA